UUGCGCGUCCGGGCAGUUUUGGACUAGCGUAGACGACCUUGUCCGAUGUUAUGUGUGGGACUUGGAAACAACCGAACUUUACCUGACGGCACUUGGUAAUCAAAGAGAGCUGGGACGGGUCGAAGCAAGCAUGUUGUCGUUCGUUUCAAGGCGUCUCUCGCCUUAUUCUAUUCAGGCCAGUGUGUGCCGUAUCUCUCUCCGGACUGAAGCUUAUUAUUUCUCCAGAAUGAGGCACUCCAGUUCUACCAUGUUAUCAGUCUCCCAGCACGCUUUCAGGGCAUUGGUGCUGAUACCCUUCAGUUUUCCAAUAUGGAAUUCUCAGUCAGAUGGAUAUAGACGAAACGUCCCAACCGCCGCUGCCGAGGGCGGAGAGAAUUCCCGUCCCGCCUACAUCUCAAACAUCGAUGCCGUACUGGGGGUUACAUCUGGCGACAGGCGUGAACGGUCAGCAGGCGGCGCAGCCGCUACCUCAACAACAACCACACGAACAGCAACAACAGCAGCAACAGCAGCAACAGCAACAACACCCGCAACCUGCUGAACAAACUGCCCCUGCUGACCUCCACAAUUCUGACGACGAGGGUUCAGGGCUUCGCCGAAGGCCUGGUCUGUCAGGGUCAGCUUGGCGUGCAAUACUAAGGCACAUACGCGGUUGACUUUUGAGCCGGCGAUUAAGACAGCACAACUCAGAUUAAGGUACAAGUAUACAAUUAUCGGCACAACGAGCAGCAGUAUAUCUACAGAAACUUCGAAAAGACUUGUAUGAUCAAUGAUCAGGGUUAACGUUCGCUGAGGCGGACCUCUCGAAACGCACGAAUGACUUCGUAUCCCGCUCGUUUAGGGUGAGGAGGAUCCGCAUUGUUAGGACAGGUAUGGGCGAAAACUCCUGCAAGAUCUCAAAGUCCAGUACGCGUAUGUUCAGGUGGAGUGAUACGCUUCAAGUGAUUAGUGGAUAACGAUGGAAGAUCGACGACGGCUGUGCGAUACUGAAAAACAAGAAAGUAUGCGCGGAAUAUGAGUUUGUCGAAGUGUAUAUGAUAGCACAAAGCGAC